AUUGAUAGCCGAUUUCCUUUUCCCCCAAAUUAGCUUCCUCGAUCCAGCUCAAUUUGCCCUAAAUUAUCGCCAUUUUGCGAAAUGAUAUCCGAUUUGCCACUCCGCCAGUAACAGCAAUACCAGAAAUGGCUUCCAUUGGUGCAGUACACGUGCGUUCGCCGUCGUUCCUUCCUCUUCGGAAUUUUCGGAAUGGACUUCAAUUUUGGUCGGAACUGGGUUUGGAUUGUACCUGUAAGUACUCAAACGGGAGAGUUACAUACAGAAAGUUUGUGGUGAAAGCAAUGGAGUCUGACGUUGACAGUGGCCUCCGAAACGACGCCGUUGUCAUCAAGAGCUCCGAGAAAGAUAAUGCCGAGAAGCUACAGCUACAUCAAAAUAUAGUUGCCAAAUUGCACGACUCAGUUGGCUCUCUACCGGUGUUCGCCUUCUCGAUUGGAAAACUUUCUGGUAUGAACUUCACAAUUGGAUUAUGCAUUGUAGCAACCAUGCUAGUUGUUGUGGUGAAAGGUUAUGCAACAAAAAGGUCAAGUGACCGGCGUCCAGGCUCUGUGGCUGAACUUGUCCGACGUGGACAGCUUAGAUCAGAUAGAAGAGGCAUCUCCACACCUCUCAAGUAUGAGGACCCAUUUAACAACCCUAUGGUGAAAGUCAGCAAAAGCAAUUCAACUGUUGAAAUGUGUGGAAAAGUGUACCGGCUUGCACCUGUGACUCUUACAGAUGAGCUACAAACAGUACAUCAGAAACGAAGAUCCCGUGCAUAUCAGUGGAAGAGACCAACUGUAUUCCUCAAGGAAGGUGAUCCGAUACCUUCUGAUGUAGACCCUGAUACUGUCAGAUGGAUCCCUGCAAACCAUCCUUUUGCGACAACUGCUAGUGAUAUUGAUGAAGGUCUGGCUCAAACAAAUGUGUAUCAGAAGCAUGGCGUGCCAUUCCGUAUACAGGCAGAGCAUGAAGCCCUGCAGAGGAAGCUUGAAGCGCUGCAGAAUGAUCAAAAACUGGGCAAAUUAGUGAUAGAUCCUGCUGCAGCCAGAGAUUUCGAGAGGCCAUUGAAGUCACAUAUGAAGUCGGAGAAUCAAGUCGAGCAUAACAUCUCAACUCCUAAAUCAGGCUCAAGUGCUUCUCCAUCCGAUCACCCUUCCGGUAACAAACCACCGCCUGAGGAGUUGCAGAAUCCUUGAAGAGUAAAUGUGUCAAAUUUUGUAUCUAAGCCAACAUGAAAUUUCCAUCAGAAUAUUGAGGUCCAAAGUUUGAUCUAAUGUACAUAUUAUUCAGAUGUAACACAGUUGCAGGUUUUGAGUUUCUAUGUACAUUAUUUUUAAGAUGUUAAUGGUAUUCCUUAUACUA